AUGGUUAAGGGUUCUUUUAAAUAUUCUUGGGUGUUGGAUAAACUGAAAGCUGAACGUGAGCGUGGUAUCACUAGCGAUAUUGCCUUGUGGAGGUUUGAAACCAAAAAGUACAAUGUCACAGUUGUUGAUGCACCUGGUAAUCGGGAUUCCAUCAAGAAUAUGAUCACAGGAACAAGUCAAACUGAUUUUGCUAUACUGAUUGUUGCUGCUGGUGAGUUUGAGGCCGGUAUUUCUCAGAAUGGCCAAACUAGAGAACACUCUCUGUUGGCAUACACGCUGGGUGUCAAACAGUUAAUUGUCGCAAUCAAUAAGAUGGACUCCACUGAACCUGCCUUCUCUGAGAAUCGAUACAAGGAAAUUAUCAAAGAAGUAUCUGGAUACAUCAAGAAAGUCGGGUUUAACCCUGCUGUGGUCCCGUUCGUACCUAUCUCUGGGUGGCACGGUGAUAAUAUGAUAGAAAAGAGUCUCAACAUGCCAUGGUUUAAAGGUUGGGACAUUGCAAAAACGAAGGAGGGGAAAAGCCUAAAUGACUCAGGUCAUACACUUAUAGAUGCAAUAGAUAAAAUGGAACCUCCAUCUAGACCAACAAAAAAUCCUCUCCGAAUUCCGUUGCAAGAUGUCUAA